AUUCAAAAGGCAGCGGUGUGGGCAGCCCUGUGCAGAGAUGGCGGCGUUCAGAUGGUGCGGUGGUGUCCUCCGCUCUGUGUGUAGAGGUGGGAUCUCCAUACCAGAGGUAAGAAGCAGAUGCCAGUUCAACAAAUUUGCACUGAUCCAAGAGCCAUGUCACCUAUCUGCAAUUCACAGUGUCACUAUUCAGCAAGCAAGAAUGUCAAGCAGCUUCUUCAGCAGAUUGACAGCAAAUGAACUAUGGAAGGGAGUUCUGGCAGAAACUGGUGGUGCCGCUCGGAAGGGUAGAGGUAAAAGAACCAAGAAGAGGAUAAAAAGAAAUCUUAAUGUUGGACAGAACAUUGGAGAUGGGAAAUUUGGGCAUCUUUGGCCAGGAUUAAAUGUCCCUAUAUUGGCAAACGGAAUGACACAGGCCAUAUCAAAGAGGGAUCAGCAACAGUUAGAAGCAAUGCAAGCCAGGAUCAUUCAGGAGCGGGACGAAUUUGAAAGAAAACGGAAGACAAGAGUAAAAAGAGAAAGAGGGUGGACUGGCCAAAGCUGGGGAGGAAUCAGUAUUGGGCAUCCUGACACAGGUCCUAAUGGAGAAACAUAUGAAGAUUUUGACUGCAGAGUGAUUGAGAUGAAAAGUGUGUUCAACAUGACAGCCAAAGAAGGAAGAAAGCGAUCUGUCAGUGUCUUGGUGGCGGUCGGAAAUGGCAACGGAGCUGCCGGAUUUGCUGUUGGGAAAGCCAGUGACAGACUGAUAGCCCUAAGAAAAGCAAAGAACAGAGCUGUGCAGUAUCUGCAUUAUAUCGAACGAUACAACAACCACACAAUAUUUCAUGAUAUAACAUCAACUUAUAAGAGAACUACAAUUAAAAUGAAGAAACAGAACCAUGGUUACGGUCUCCAUUGUCAUAGAGCCGUUAUCACCAUCUGCAAGUUAAUUGGUAUCCAAGACAUGUAUGCCAAAGUGAGUGGUUCCUGCAACAUGCUUAACCUCACAAGGGCGCUCUUCUUGGGUCUGGCACAGCAGGAGACCCAUCAAGACCUAGCUAACAAGAAAGGCCUGCAUGUGGUGGAGUUUAGAGAAGAAUGCGGCCCUUUACCCCACAUUGUGGCUUCACCUCAAGGAGCACUCUCUACAGUCCCAGAACCAGAAGGAGAGAUCCCUGAUAUAAAACUAGACUGGGAUGAAGUAAAACUAACCCAAGGGCUAAAGCGUUCCAUCUGGGCCAAUGUCAAGCGGACAGUCUGGUGAAAGUGAAAUACGCACUUGUCCUUCGAAAAGAGAGGCUGCGUUGAGAGAAUACAGAGACUGAGACUUUUCUGCUGCAAAAGAUGCUUAACUUAAGAGCCUCCACCUUCUAUCACCAUGGCGUUUUUAUAUCCAACACUUUGUGCUGUUAAAGGGGUUCUUCAGGAAUCCUAUUGUCCUAGAAAAUAUGGACAGGACUGAUUCCUCCAGUUGUAUAGCUAUCUUGGAGGGUGAGUGGACAGGGCUUCAAGACACACUACACUAAUGAUGUGAUCAUGCCUGUGAUAUGCCAUCAUGGCUGAGCUGUCUGACAGGAAAACUCACCAAGUGCCAGAGCAUAGUGUGUAGUGCGGCCAAGUCUCCUCACCCCCUAGGCAGCUCUGCGUGUGGAGGCAACCAGUCUUGCUCAGAUUCUAGGACAGGUUGGUGGCGGCCAUUUUAAAUUAUUCCUGGAGAACCCCUUUAAAUUUCUUCCAUAGCAGUGGAAGCUCUGCUCUUCGGAUACAGAAAUCUCCUACUUAUACACAGAUGUAAAUUAUACAAUUCUGUCUGCCUGCAGCUACCACUAGAGGGAGCUCAGGAGCAUUUCAGUGUAUUAUUCAGUUCAGUGUGUGAUAGUUCCAUCUAGUGGUGGUUGCAGGUAAAACAGCAUGUCAUCAUUUCAGUCUGUGCCUGUGCAUUGGAGUUUUGUUUAAGAAAAACUAAACUCUGAAGUCAUUAGCACAGAAUUUAGACCCUGACUUUAUAUUUUGCAGUAUGGCAUAGCUGGAGCCAGUCAUUUCACUCAAAUACAGUAUGUAAUGUAUAUUCUAAGAUGUUGAAGCCCUGUGCACAUCUCAUUCAUGCAGGAAAUACCAAUAAUAUGAAUAAAGAAUUUAUCCAUAUA